CUCUCCUCAUUUCACCGCUGGAAGUGGGAGAAGCAGGACCAAACUGAGUGUGUCUGUGAUUAAAGAAUCACAUUAGUCUAUCAAAUUUGAGGAAAACUUCAGAAAGACACUUCACCAUGAAGAUCUUGGUUCUUCUGGCUCUCCUGGGAGCAGCUCUACAUGACGCGGCGGCAGUGACUCACUCUCUGAAGUAUUUCUACACUGCAUCUUCUGGAGUCCCAAACUUCCCAGAGUUUGUGGUUGUUGGGUUGGUAAAUGAGGUUGAGAUGGUUCACUAUGACAGUAACACCAAGAAGACAGAACCCAAACAGGACUGGGUGAACAAGGCAGCAGAUCCUCAGUACUGGGAGAGGAACACUGGGAACUUUAUGGGCGCCCAGCAGACCUUCAGAGCCAACAUUGACAUUUUGAAGCCACGCUUCAACCAAACUGGAGGUGUCCAUGUUGUCCAGAACAUGUACGGCUGUGAGUGGGAUGAUGAGACUGAUCAGGUCACUGGCUAUGAUCAGUAUGGUUAUGAUGGAGAAGACUUUGUAGCCUUUGACCUGAAGACGCUGACAUGGAUCGCUCCAAAACAGCAGGCUGUCAUCACCAAACACAAGUGGGAUAAUGACAAGGCUUGGAUAGCGCAGGACAAGAACUACCUCACCCAGAUUUGUCCUGAGUGGGUGAAGAAGUAUGUGGGCUAUGGGAGGAGCGUUCUGCUGAGAACAGAGCUUCCCUCAGUGUCUCUCCUCCAGAAGACUCCCUCCUCUCCAGUCAGCUGCCUCGCUACAGGUUUCUACCCUCACAGAGCCUCACUCGUCUGGAGGAAAGAUGGAGAGGAGCUUCAUGAGGAGGUGGACCACGGAGAGAUCCUCCCCAACCACGAUGGAACCUUCCAGAUGAGUGUUGACCUGAAACUUUCAUCAGUCACACCUGAAGACUGGACCAGGUACGACUGUGUGUUUCAGCUCUCUGGUGUGAACGAGGACAUCAUCACCAGACUGGACAAAGCAGUGAUCAGAACCAACGAAGGUAAGACUGGAAUCAGAAAUGUUGACGAGAAGCUCAACCUGAUUGCCAUCAUCGUCGCUGCCGUGGCUGUUCUCGCUCUCGUCAUCGCUGGAAUUGGAUUCUUCCUUUAUAAGAAGAAGAGCGCCAAACGCCCUCCAUCUCCUGUGAUCAACCCUGAGGUGAUGGAGGAACUGAACCCAAAAGCCUAAACGACAAACACACCAACCUGAACACAGUUUAUGAAUAAAUUCUGCACUGGAACAAGAAGCGAUGUCACCACAUUCCUCUGCAUAAACUGGGAGUUCAUUGGAUUUUCAUAAAAAUAUAAACUGAAUCAGGGUUGGAAAUCUAUCAGUAGAUGCUUAUUGAUUGGAAUACAAAGAAAACAAAAAAACAAAAAUCAGUUGUCAAGUGUUUUUAAAAAAAAUACAAUUACUAUAAAUGGUGACAUUCAAUCAUUUUGAUCAUUUGGUCUCAAAUAAAAAGUGGAAUUUUGUUUGAAAAGACUCCAAUGUUGGCAAAUCAAAUGAGAAUAUCUAUAUCUAUCUAUCUAUCUAUCUAUAUCUAUAUAUAUAUAUAUAUAGAUAUAGAUAUAGAUAUAUAUAUAAAAAAGUGAAAGAUAAAUCAUCACUGCUCUCUACAUGCAUACAUAAUCAUUUGAAGAUUUUUUUUUUGUCUAAAACAAAAACAUAUUUACAGUUUAAUAGCUCUGGUGUUGGGGUUUUCUGGGAAAAUCAUUAUUGGUAAUAGAAAUUUAAAUGUAAAUAUUGGCACACAUCCCAGUACGUGCAUUCACAUCUUCAUAUAUAUUAAACUACUUGGGCCUGGCAACACAAUAUAUACCUUGAGAUAACAGAUAUUUGUCAACCAGGAGAGUUGUCUGUACUAUUUAUACUCUCUGGUUGUAUCAGAUCACUGGAGACAAAAGUACAAAUCAAUCAGCAACAUCCAAAAACAUGCUACAAAAAUGGACAUCCUAAAUUAACCUGCAGGUUUAAAUGGUUGUUUAUCUGUUUUACUCCUGGUGACUCCAGUUCACUGUGAGGAUCAGCAGGAUGCUUUGGAAGGGAAAAGUAACAUGUUUUUUUAUCACUAUGGUGAAUUAUCUCAAUGUUUAUUUAAUUUGACCUGGUUAAGACAACAUGUCUAAAUGGUUUCCUGUUUUAAUUUCCAGAAAAUGCACAUUAUGAUAUAAACAACAGCAUGAAAAUGCAUAAACAAUGACAGGUUGUAUCAGUGUUACCAGCCCAAAUAUAUUUUCCAUCUGUGUAAAUAUGUUGCCUGUAUAUUUCUUUAUGAGUGAAUUUGAAGACUUUAUUUUGAUUCAGACCAGGUUCGUGGGGCCAGGGUGAUUAAUUUAUGUCUGAGGGUUUUUUUUCUUUAUUAAAUAAAAGUAUGUUGUUUUUGUUUCUUAAAAUCUCUUUUAAUCUUUUUUGAAUUAUAUAAUUGAUUUUUUUUCUGAUUUUCUAAAAGGGUUGUGGGCUUUCUUAAAGCUUCCCAGCACAAUGAUAGAGAAAUACUUUUGCUUGUUUUAGUUUGUUAACACGUUGAACAGUGAAGCUCAAAAUUGUUUCCUGUGUUUGGUUAAGUAGAUGAAUGUCAAAUGAAGUUUUUCUGCUGUUUCAUUCUUUUGCACUGUAUUUUAGAUUUUCAAUAAAGUCACAAAUUUUCCAAA